AAACUAAAUCAGUAAACACAGAAUUUCACCAUCCCAAACCUCAACAAAUCCAACAAAAACCCUAAAACCAGAGACACUCACAGAUACCAGAACCAAAAUUUUGAAAAAGACAUUUUAUUUUUACGAAAAAUUCAUUCAGAACCGACACAAUUAUUUACAGUCGAUUUGAUUGUUCCGAUUCAUACUUCUUCUGCGAGAGAGGUGCCCAGAAACCAAUUUUAGGGAUUUCUAGGGUUUCAAAAACUGAAUCCCUGGAGUACUCACAGGGAGCUUGAAAAGUGGAAGGAAUUUGUGUAGAAUGGAUGGGCUGGAAAGCAUAAGGAAUUACGUGAAAAGGGAUACAGAUGAUUCACCAGAUAGGAAAGGUGAUAGGGCUGGAGAAGAGGAAGAUUGGGAGAGUAGUGAUAAAAGGAAACAUCGAUCGAGCAAGUCUAGAAAGCACACUAAUGAAGAAGAUGCAGAAGAAUGGGAUAGUGGUGGAAAGAGAAAGAGUACCGGGGAAAGAACUGAGAGCAGGAAAAGGUCGGGGGGAUCGAGUAGAGCAGGCAGUGGAGAUGAAGAUGACUAUGAUGCAAGAAAAGAUGGAAGGUCCAAGCAGCCAAAGAAAUACCUGGAAGAGAGGAGCGACAAGAAACCAAGCAGUGGAUUUCAGGAUAGAGAAUCAGAAAGCAGUAGAAAAGGGAGAGAUGCUUCAGGGAGUAAAGGAUUUGUGGCAGCUGAUGAGAAUGAGAGGAAUUCAUCAAAGAAAACGAGCUCAAAACCCUCUAGCCACGAGGGUUCCCAGAGCAAGAGUAGAAGUAAAGUUGAAACUUCUCAUGACGGAGAGCUUGAUAAGAAUUCUGAUAGAGAUUCUAGGUAUUAUGAAAGGAAAGAAAGCAGUAGAGAUAAAGUUCAAGAAUCUCGUGAGCAAGACAGAAAUCCUAGGAGAAGAUGGGAUGAGUCUGACUCUGUUCGAUCAAAACAAGAAAGUAAUAUUGGUGAAAAAACUGACCUCAGGAGUGUCAAAACUCCUGAUGCUAAGCAGGGGAGUUCGAGGGAGGGAACUGUUGACGCAAGAAAUGAGCAUAGUGACAGCAAAUGCAGGUCUUUUGAUCCAUCCAGUGAUAAAGGAACUAAAUCAAGCUACGGUGAAGAGAAAAGGGUUGAGGUGGAGAGGAGUAGGAGCAGAGGCAGGCCUGAGACUCAAGAAGAAGAAACUAGAAAGGUUUCUUUAGAUCGCGAAGAGCGAUCAAGUAGUGAUAAAGCUAAGAGGUUGGGAGAAAGAUCAAAUGGGUUGGCAGAGGAUGUGGAAUCUAUUGCUAAUAGGUCUAUUAACAGGCCUCAUGGGGAAAAACCUGACAACCAAAGCCUGGAAAGAUCUGUAAAUGCAGAGGAAGAUGGACAUGCAAAGUCAAGAGAUAGAGUUGGGAGGGAAGUGAGACAGUCUAGAAGGUCACAGAGUCCUGCGAGAGGUGGAAGGCGUCGCCCAGAAUCAGAUGACUCUGGGUCAGACAAUGACAGAAGUACUGGUCACAAGAAUUUAGACAGAGAAAAAGAAAGUUAUAGGGAUGACAGAUCAAAAGGAAGGGAUAGUAGCAGCUGGAGUGAUAGGAAUAGAGAUUGGGAAGGUCCUAAGGACAGUUGGAAACAGAAGAAUGAAGAGAUAAUAGAUGGAGAUGGGAAUUUUGACCGUGAAAGGGAAUGGGAAUCACAGAGGCGGGAGCGUGAAAGGAUUGAUAGUGAAAUCUCUCUACAUCGACCUGUAUAUAGGAAAGGUAGAGGCAGGCUUGAUGGCGGAAAUGGAGCUUCUGAUUCAAUAGAGAUUCGACCCAAGCCAUCUUUUGAUUUUGGUAGGGAAGAGUCUGCAUCAACAUUUGCUGGUAGGAAAACUGAAACCGGACAACAGACUAAUUUCGUCACUGCAACAAAUGACGAAGAUUGGGCAUAUCAUCAGGAGGGAAGGGCAAGAAUGGCUGAAGUUUAUGGUGCCACUGAUGGGUAUCCAGAUGAUAGUUCCUCACACGUGAUAAUAGACGCACAAGGCGGGAAAGGAAGAGGGCAAAAGCCACUUUUGGGUUCUAAUCGAAGUGGUGGCGGCCAGAGUUCAAGUGUCGGUUCACAACCAGCUCAAUUAGGAAAUAACCAGGGAUCAGUCCCUCUCAACAGAACUCCCAUCCAGGGGCCAAAAGGGAAUAAUAGACUUGGGAGAGGAGGAAGAGGUAGAGGGCAAGGACGUGAUGUGCCACGUGUUGGCUUACAGAUGCCUAUGAUGGGACCUCCGUUUGUCCCUUUAGGGUUACCACCUGGACAAAUGCAGGCCCUUGGUAGCAGCAUGUCUCCUGCUCCAGGUCCACCGAUGGGGCUUGGCAUUAUGAUGUCGCCAUUUGGUGGGCCUAAUGUUUGGCCAGGAGCUCGAAGUGUUGAUAUGAACAUGUUAGCUGUUCCACCUGGUCUUUCACCUAUCCCGCCUGGACCUAGGUUCACUCCAAACAUGGGAACUGGCCCAAACCCAAACAUGUUUUUCAACCAACCACUCCCUAUGAGAGGAGUAAACCCUAGCAUAUCUGGCCCUGGUUUUAACACUAUGGGAACAAUGGGACGAGGGAUGCCUCAAGAAAAUGCUCCGGCAAACUGGGGUCCUCCAAGAAUGGGUGGGCCUCUUGGUAAAAAUCCUUCAAGAGGCGAGCAGAAUGAUUAUUCUCAGAAUUUUGUAGAUACUGGUAAGAGGCCCCAAAAUUUCAUUAGGGAGCUGGAGCUAACUAAUACUGUGGAGGACUACCCGAAACUCCGAGAGCUUAUUCAGAGAAAAGACGAGAUUGUGGCAAACGCAGCUACACCACCCAUGUAUUACAAGUGCGACUUGCGCGAGUUUGUUCUGUCUCCAGAGUUUUUCGGUACCAAGUUUGAUGUCAUUCUUGUAGACCCUCCAUGGGAAGAAUAUGUUCAUCGAGCCCCUGGUGUUGCCGACCAUAUGGAUUACUGGACAUUCGAAGAAAUCUUAAACCUAAAGAUUGAGGCAAUUGCAGAUACACCUUCCUUCAUCUUCCUGUGGGUUGGUGAUGGUGUGGGUCUUGAGCAGGGCCGCCAAUGUUUAAAGAAGUGGGGUUUCCGAAGGUGUGAGGAUAUAUGUUGGGUGAAGACCAAUAAAACACAUGCAACUGCUGGCUUGCGUCACGAUUCCCGUACAUUGUUUCAGCACACAAAGGAACAUUGCUUAAUGGGAAUUAAAGGAACUGUUCGUCGAAGCACUGACGGGCAUAUUAUUCAUGCCAACAUCGACACGGAUAUAAUUAUUGCUGAAGAACCUGCCUAUGGCUCAACAAAAAAACCUGAGGAUAUUUACCGUAUCAUUGAGCAUUUCUCCCUUGGGCGUAGGAGGCUUGAGCUCUUUGGUGAGGACCAUAACAUCAGGUCUGGUUGGUGUACUGUUGGAAAUGGAUUGUCUUCCUCUAACUUUAAUGCUGAGGCAUAUUUGAGGAAUUUUGCUGAUAAAGAUGGAAAAGUUUGGGUUGGAGGAGGAGGACGUAAUCCCCCACCAGAUGCACCUCAUCUUGUAUUAACAACCCCAGAUAUAGAGAGUCUUCGACCAAAAUCACCGCCUCAGAAGAAUCAGCAGCAGUCAUCAUCUCUGACGCUGACAUCCAUGAAUACCGCCAACAGAAGACCUGCGGUUAACUCCCCGCAGAACCCAAAUGUUCUCACUCUGAACCAAGAAGUCUCAAGUUCCACCCCUCCGGCUCCUCUUCCUUGGGCUUCUUCGCCAAUGGGGGUUGGCUUGAAAGGAGCAGGACCAGAUGCUGUCAACGUUAUGCUUUCUAAUGAUAAUUUUUUUGAUAGUUAUGCAUUUAGUAACAGUAACAACUUGCCGAGCGCACAAGUAAAUGUAGAUCACCGAGAGGCCGAGUCUUCUCAUGGCCCUGGCGCCGCUGCCAACAUGUUGUAACUUGUAACUAUAAUAUAACACCAAUAAUUGUGGUGUUAUCUGAGAAACAUUGUAAUUCAAUUUAUUUCUCUAUCUUCACAUAUAAAUGGAAAAGUAAAUGUCUUUGUACCUAUUUACUAUAGCUUGGAAUA